AUGGAGAGGCUGAAGUUGAGGCGCGACGUCCUGCUUGCCGCGAUGGACGGACGCGUGCUUGUGGGGACGACGACGCAUGGCCGUCGCCGGCAGACGCCGCGGAUCACGCGCGAGAACGAGGAGACGCGGCGCGCGGCGGCCCAGGAGGCCCUCGACGCCGUGAACGACGCCGUGUUCAGCGGCCAGUCAGAGGACGAGGUCGAGAGGCUCCUCAUCAUCUACAUGGAGGCCGAGGCCAAGACGUCCAAGGGCCGUGCGCAGGCCGCGAACGACGCGGCGCGGUUCGCGCAGGAGGCCUACGACGAGGCCGUCGAGCGCGGCGAGCCCCAGGGCACGCUGGACGAGCUCCUGGCGAAGCGCGACGACGCCGAGUCCAAGACGCCGCGGGCCCGGCACAGGAGGUCCCGCCAGGCGCGGCGCGACGCGGCCGACGAGGCGCUCGGCGCGCUCAACGAGGCCAUCGGCGACGACGUCGACAACGCGCACACGGCGAAGUACGCCGAGCUGACCAUCGCCUGGAUGCAGGCCGAGGAGAAGACCUACGAGGCUGGGUCGCGCCGGCGCUAUACCAGGCUCAACGACGCGGCCAAGGACGCCGCGCGCGCGCUCGACGCCGCGAUCGCGGCCGGCGACGUCGACGUCGACGAGCUUGUUGACGCCCUCAGAGAAGCCGUCGCGGCGACGCCCGCGGCCCAAAAGCGGCGGAGGCACGAGGAAGCGUACGUGGCCGAGGUCAAGGCCGCGGCGGCGACGGCGCGCGUUCCGCCGGAGGCGUUGCUCACGGACAUUGACGACGGCACGGACCAGACCUACCAGUUCGCGGCGGCCAAGGCCGACGAGGGCAACCUCGUCUACAUCGGCGCCUGCGAGUUCCUGAGGCAGGACAUCGAGCCCAAGGCGGCCGCGGCGAAGCUCGAGCUCGGCAACGACUACGAGUACGCGACGGUCUACGUGCACAACGUUACGACCGUCGCCAACUGCGUCGAGGCGAACUCGCACGGGAAGCUCUUCCGCUCCCACCCCAAGUUCUGCGCGUUCUCCUGCGUGGGCGCGGGCGGGCUCUGCUGCGUCGACGUGCGCGUCUGCGUGCCCAUGCCGACGCGGCGCCGCGAGGGCGACAUCGACGUCGCCCUCGCCAAGGUCGGCGCGUCGGGCCCCACCUACUUCGUCAAGGUGAGGGGCCCGUGGUGCGAGCGGUGCUGGAACGCCGGCGGCCGCCCCGACGGACCGCUGAACCGGCGGAUCCGGCGGCUCUGGCCGUCGCCGGCCGAUGCGCGCGCCGAGGCCGAGCGCUUGAUCGCGACGAAGACGGCGGAGAGCUACAAGAACGGCGCCUACGAGCGCCCGCGGCGCGGCGCGCUGCGCUGGCUCGCGGCGUCGGGCGCCGCGGGCUGCGCCGCCGCCGACGCCGCCGAGCCGCGGGAGGGCGUGCUCGUCUGGCGCGCGCAGGACCGGGCCGCGUCGUGCGCGCCGGGCAAGGCGAGCCGCGUCUUCGGCAAGCGGUUCGUCAACUACCUGAGCCGCUUCCUCCUCGCCUACGACGGCCCGUCGCGGCGGCUCUGGCGCCAGCGGUCCGAGGAGAUCCCCCUGCGGUGGACCGCGGGCCAGGUCGCGAAGAAGCGCGAGGAGCAGUUCGGCGAGUUCCUCCUCUCCGUCGAGGCGGGCCUCUGCGGCUACGCGCCGCCGUCCGACGACGCGGGCCGCGUCGACUGGGCGGCGCCGACGGCGCGGGCCAAGGUGCGCCAGCUCUUCAGCCUGCUGCGGAGCCGCUACGGCGACCGGCCCGACGCGAAGCGGCAGAUCGCGCUCCUGUUCUGCCUGCUCGCGCCCGAGGCGCAGCCGACGCGGUCCAUCGCGGAGAUCGUCGCCAAAGCCGAGGACCGCGCCGUCGCAAGCGUGCUCGUGCUCGAGGGCGGGAUUAUCGUCGACGGGUCGCGCGAGGGCGCGGCGCCGGCGCUCGAGGGCCCCGCGCUGCCGCCGCCCUUCGCCGGAAAGAACGCGACGGCGGUCGCGGGCGCGCCGCGCCUCGAGCCGACGGGCGCCGUGGGCAAGGUCGUCGUGACCUUCCCGGGCGCCUACGACCGCGGCGCGCCGGCCGUGACCGUGUCGCCGCCCGGCGACCCGGACGGCCGGCCCGCGCAGGCCGUCGCCGUCGUCCGCAACGGCUUCUGCGGCGACGUCGUCGUCGUCGACGGCGGGGCGGGCUACGACCGGAGCGACCGCAUCGAGGUGACCAUCGAGGCGCCCCGGGGCGGCGGCGCGCCGUCCGAGGCCUUCGCGGCGUUGGCCUACGGCGUCGCGGCGGUGCCCGUACUCAAGGGCGGCGCGGGCUUCGGGAGCAGCAUGGACCUCGAGGACGUCGCCUUCGCCCCCGCCGGCGCGUCCGAGAUCCUCGCGCCGCCGCGGGCGACCUUGGUGCUCGGCGACGGCGCCGCGGCCGACCGGCGGACCCGCGGCUUCCGGCGGCCGUCCUUCCAGCUGCCCGUCGAGGUCGGCGCGGGCCCGCCGAGCCCGCCGUCGACGACGCGCGACGCGUCCCUCGUCGGCCCCCUCCUGUCGCUCCUGCCGCCGGACCUCGGCGCGCCGACCUACGACCGCUACGCGGACCCGCCGCGGCACCGCUUCCCCUACGCCAAGUACGCCACCCUCGAGGAGGUCGAAAAGAAGGCCGUGCCCUUCUUCGGCGCCUUCGAGCGGGAGCGGGGCAUCGACGCGCUGCCGACGGCGGUCACGGGCGGCGUGCGCCGCGACCUGCCGCUGACGCCGGACCUCGCGCUGCGUUUGGCGCUCGCGGGCGGCGCGUGCGCCGCGACGACGCGGGCUUUAACGUCGCCCCUCGACCGGCGGAAGACGCGCGCGCAGGCGUCGCUGGGCGGCGACGACGACGACUGGGCCGGCGUCGACGCGUCGGCCGUCGCGGGCUUCACGCUCGGCGCCGGAUCCUUCGGCACGUACGAGGCGCUGCGCCGCGUGCUCCCGCGGGCCGCCGAGGCCGCCGCGGGCGCCGACGCGGCGCUGCGCUUCGAGGCGCCGAUCCUGCUGGCGGCGUCCGUCGCGUCGGUGGUCGUGUCCGUGGCCUGCGCGGCGCCCUUCGAGUCCGCGCGCGCGCGCGUGAUGACGGGCACCGCGGCGAAUUUGGGCGACGCGCUCGAGGCGCUCGCGGCCGAGGGCGGGCUUUGGUCGGGCGCGCCGGCGCUCUUCGGCCGGGAGCUGCCAUUCACCGUGGCCAAGUUCGCGGUCUACGCGUCCGCGCAGUCCUUCCUCCUCGCGCUCGUGCCCGCGGCGCGCGAAAGGCCCCUGGUGGGCCUCGGCGUGUCGCUGUCCGCGGGCGUGCUCGCGGGGCUCGCGGGCGCCUGCGCGUCGCAGCCGGCGGACACGGUGAUGACGCGCCUCGCCGUCGCGGGCGAGGGCGAGACCGUCCGCGACGCGGUCGACGCCGUGCUUUCCGGCGCGGACGGGCCCGGCGCGAUGGCGAAGGCGCUCUGGGCGGGGCUGCCCCAGCGGUGCCUCGCCAUGGCCGUGCUCGUCACGGCCCAGUUCCUGUUGUUCGACUCCAUGCGCGCGGUCCUCGCGGUGUCGCCCAAGGACCUCUCCGUCGUCCUCGACGUGUUCCAGGACCGGAUCUCCUACUACGAGGGCUGGGACGAGAUCGCCCAGCAGUGGGAGGAGGCCAUCUCCGAGCUCGGGGACCUCGUGAGCUAG